AUGGCGACAGUUUUCAGCAGUUCGCUACUUGUUGACCAAAAAAGACGACUGGUUGAGGUUUUCCCAGAUAGUGUCAGAAUUCAAUGGAACAAAUGGGAGCUAAGAGGGUUGGUGGUUGUCAGCCUUGUAUUACAAAUAUCUCUAAUCUUCAGUGGUAACCGGAGAAAGUAUAUCGCCAAGAGAAGGAUCAGAAUUUUCAUAUGGUGUGCCUACUUGUUGGCCGACUGGAUAGCAACCGUUGCCCUUGGCCUCCUCGUCGACCGCCUAGGAAAUUCCGUUUAUUCCGGCAGCAGCUCCGGCAACGGCAACCGCAAAAACGUCUACGGAGAUCUACAGCUGAUGGCCUUCUGGGCGCCGUUUCUGUUGCUUCAUCUUGGCGGACCUGACACCAUAACUGCAUACGCAUUGGCCGAUAAUGAGUUAUGGUUAAGACACUUGCUUGGGCUUGUUGUUCAAACAGCUGCAGCUGUUUAUAUCACUCUUUUGGCAUGGGAAGAUACUCUUCUUUCAUUUCUCGCUAUUCCUAUGCUUCUGUGUGGGAUCAUUAAGUAUGGUGAAAGAACAUGGGUUCUGAUGUCAGCCAACCGGGAGCAGUUUCGGGAUUCGGUUCUUGCGGAUAGGGAUCCGGGCCCGAGCUAUGCUAAGUUUAUGGAGGAAUUCUGCUUAAAAGAGGCAGAAGGGUAUCAUGUUACUGCUGGUCAAGUAGAAGAGGGAAAUUCACCGGGAGAAGAUGUUGAAAACGCCAUAGCGAUCUCUAAUCGUGAUGGACUCAUAUUGCAUAUGGCGGAUUACUUCUUUGAAACUCUAAAGUUCAAGCGGUUGUUUGUGGAUCUCAUUCUUGGAUUCUAUCCACGAGAUGUGAGCCAAUCUUUCUUUGGGAAACAGGAUUACGAUACCGCCUUUGAGGUGAUUGAAGUUGAACUUGGAUUUGCUUAUGAUGUGUUCUACACAAAAGCAAUCAUCAUACAUACUCCUUUCGGUUUGUUUUUCCGUCUUAUCACUUCCUUCAUCACCCUCUCAGUGUUGUUGACUUUCGUCAGUUUGAGAUCAGAUAGCCAUCUAUACAUUGAUGUUAUGAUUACUUAUAUAUUGCUGAUAGGUGCUAUCUUACUAGAAGCAUAUGCAGCCGUAUCUUUGGUUUUCUCUGACUGGGCAAAUCUUUGGUUCAGUCAGCAUGCUUCCAAGAUCCCAUUGCUUUCCCAUUUAGUUUCGCCAAUCCAAUCUACGCAGAAAGGAAAAAGAUGGUCGAACUCUAUGUAUCAAUACACUUUGUUAGAUUUUUGUCUCAACCAGAAAUCAUCCACUUUUCGAGAAAUCUCGAGGUUCAUUCCUAUUCAUAAAAGACUCGAGAACUUAUGGGAAAAAUGGGAGAGUUUUCUCCAGCUGGAACAUCUCGAUAUAUCUCCCGAGCUCAAGUCUUUUAUCUUUGAUCACUUCAAGGAAAAAUCUGUCGACACAGAGUUGGAGCUUAAGAACUUGUUCACCUGUCGAGGAGCAGUUUCGCUACAAGCUCACAAAAGUUAUGGCAUGUUUAAGUGGACAGUUGAUGUGGAAUUCGACCAUAGCAUUCUCAUUUGGCAUAUUGCCACUGAUCUGUGCUACAACAUGGACAAAAGUAAAAGAGACAAAGAUUCAACUGGUAAAGAAAUCAAACCAGAAUGGGAUGAUCACAUGACAUACAGCAAGCAAUUAGCAGACUACAUAUUAUACAUCCUGGUCAUGUGUCCUUUCAUGUUGCCCAUUGGGAUAGGAAUGAUUCGAUUCCGAGACACCUGUGCUGAAGCCCUCGUAUUUUUUGAGGAAAGAAGCAGUGUGAGUAAACCUGAGGCCUACGAAAUGUUAGGACAAGUGAGCACCAAAGUCUUUCCGGCAAAAGUGAAGGGGGAUAGGAGUAAGUCGGUACUGUUUGAGGCUUGCAAGCUUGCAGCUUUGUUAAACGAGAUGAGUGAUACUGGCAAGAUGUGGAAGAUGGUGGGUGAUGUGUGGGUGGAGAUUCUCGGUUAUGCCGCUAGUCAGUGCAGAGGAUUUGACCAUGCUCAACAGCUUGAAAAGGGUGGAGAGCUUCUUACUCAUGUCUGGCUCUUGAUGGCACAUCUUGGCAUCACUGAACACUUCAAGAUAGAAGAAGGUCAUGGAAGAGUUAAGCUGGCUGUUACUUAA